UUAGUCUUGUGUGCGUUUUGCGUGUGUCUUGUCAGAAAUUAAGCGGAACUUCCAGGUCCUGUCUGCAGCUUCCUAUUUUACUGCAAGCAGAUCAGGUUGACAGAGCGCCUGUACACACUGCGCAGAGACUGAGCUGACAGGAUGACUCUGAAGCCAAGUUGGACUUAAUUUUAACAGUCGCCGGGUUUUAUCAUGAAAUGAUCGUGGGUGUUUUUAAUGCACCUUGUCUUUUUUAUGAUUCAUUUUGUUCUCGUUUCUGACGCGUUGGGCGCUGUUUAAAAAUGAAGUUUAACGGAUACCUGAAGCUGCGGAUCGGAGAGGCGCUCAACCUCAAACCGACAACCUUCUCAAGGCGCCACACCGUCAUCUUCAACAAGGCCCCCCAGAGUCUGGACCCCUACAUAAUGGUGAAAGUGGACGACUUCAAGAUCGGGCAGACUCACUCCAAACAGAAAACCAACAUGCCCACGUACAACGAGGAGUUCUGCCUGAACGUGAACGACGGGAAACAGAUCGAGCUGACGGUUUUCCACGAAACUCCAAUAGGAUACGACGACUUCGUGGCCAACUGCACCAUCCAGUUCGAGGACCUGAUCAAAACCUCCAACACAGGAGAUACUUUUGAGGGAUGGAUGGACUUAGAACCAGAGGGCAAAGUCUACGUCCUUAUUACGCUCACUGGAUCGUUCACCGAUGAUGUCGCAGUAAUAAAAGAGAACACCCACAAAGAGUUUACAAGGACGCGGCAGGGCGCUGUGAGGCGAAGGAUCCACCAAGUCAACGGGCACAAGUUCAUGUCCACUUUCCUCCGUCAGCCCACCUUCUGUUUCCACUGCAAGGAGUUUAUCUGGGGUGUUUUUGGAAAACAAGGUUACCAGUGUCAAGUGUGUACGUGUGUAGUUCAUAAACGAUGCCACCAGCUGGUUGUGACAGUUUGCCCACGCAUGAAGAAAUCAACCAAAGAGCAGGAUACAACUCAAGGUUUCAGCAUCAACGUCCCUCACAAGUUCAACAUCCACAACUACAAGUCUCCUACUUUCUGUGACCACUGUGGUUCGCUGCUGUGGGGAAUAGUUCGGCAGGGCCUGCAUUGCAAAAUCUGUAAAAUGAAUGUUCACAUCCGCUGCAAAGGCAACGUCGCCCCGAACUGCGGGGUGAACAGCGUGGAACUGGCCAACAAGCUUGCAGAGAUGGGUCUGCAGGCCGGAGGGCUCUCCAAACGAAACACCAUGGUUAAAGAGCUGAGCAGGCCAUCAUCUGAGAGCCGGGUGAGUACGAAUUCGGAAGUUCAACCAGAGACCCCUCGGCUGGGAAUUUCAAACUUCACUUUCCUUCAAGUGCUUGGCAAGGGCAGCUUCGGCAAGGUGAUGCUGGCCAAACUAAACGGCAAAGAUCACGUCUUCGCCAUCAAGGUGUUGAAGAAGGACAUCAUCCUGCAGGAUGACGACGUCGAGUGCACCAUGACGGAGAAGCGGGUGCUGUCGCUGGCCUGCUGUCACCCAUACCUCACGCAGCUUUACUGCUGUUUCCAAACACCGGACCGUCUCUUCUUUGUGAUGGAGUUUGUGAACGGAGGCGAUCUUAUGUUCCAUAUCCAGAAAUCCAGGAAAUUUGAAGAGGGCAGAGCACGUUUCUACACAGCGGAGAUCACUUCAGCCCUGAUGUUCCUGCACAGCAAAGGCAUCAUUUACAGGGACCUAAAACUGGACAACGUUCUCCUGGACAAAGAUGGUCACUGUAAGCUGGCAGAUUUCGGCAUGUGCAAGGAGGGCAUAUUGGACGGCAUGGCGACAGGGACUUUCUGCGGGACUCCGGAUUAUAUUGCCCCCGAGAUCCUGCAGGAGAUGCUGUACGGCCCGUCUGUGGAUUGGUGGGCGCUCGGCGUGCUGCUGUAUGAGAUGCUGUCAGGACACGCCCCCUUCGAGGCUGAAAAUGAAGACGACCUCUUUGAAUCCAUCCUCAACGAGGAGAUUGUUUAUGCCUCCUGGCUCAGCACGGAGGCGGUCAACAUCCUCAAAGCUUUCCUGACCAAAAACCCAGCGCGGCGUCUCGGCUGUGUGUCGUCAGAAGGAGGCGAGAACGCAGUGAUCAGCCACUCCUUCUUCACUGGCAUCGACUGGGAUAAACUAAAUAGCAGAGAAAUAGAGCCACCCUUUAAACCAAGGAUUAAAACGCCUGAGGACGUGAACAACUUUGACCCAGAUUUCACCCAGGAGGAACCCACGCUCACGCCUAUCGAUGACCCCAUGAUCUCUUCCAUCAACCAGGAGGAGUUUAGAAACUUUUCCUUCACUUCACCUGAGCUACUAGCGAUCUGAGAGGCUCUCCUGUCCUUCCCUUGUCAUUUUUCUACCGUUUUUCCUGCCUGUGUCUACAGCAAUUCCUUGUACUUUGUUGCUGUUCCAAUCCCCAGAAAUGUGAGAAGUGGGAGUAAGAAAGAUGUUGACAGCUCCGCAAGAAACCAGGCUGUAACUGAGCUCCUUAGCACUCCUGUGUAAUCUCGGACCCUGCAGUUUGGUCAGAUUGAGAAAUCUUCCUAGUUUUUAGCUUCAUCAGCACAUUCACCGUUUCAAGUGUCUACAGGAUGUGUUUGAGAUGCUGUUGUAUUGUAAUGGAGUUACUUCACUUUUCUUCAAAUGAAAAAGCACUUUUUAAAAAAAAAUAAAAUUUCACUGAGUCCA